AGCUUGGUCGUGCGGUGCUGCGGGGGUGCGUAGUCACAGAAAACGAGUAGAGAAGGACCCGCUAGCCCUCCGUCCGGUAACUGCAAAUGUCACCGGACACCGACAGCGUACUCGGACGGGAAGAACCGGCAGCAGGGCAGCGACUCGGGAGGCUCCCCGGAAAGAUGGCUGCUGUAAAAACAACGAGCUGCUUGGUCCUGUUGCGUCGUUAAACAACAAAGAUACGACGCGACGUAACGGACGAACAUCACUUAACCCAGAGGAGAUGAGAGGAAACCUGAAACUAUCAGCUUGUUUCUAAUCAACAACAACACGUUACCGCAUACACCAUGGACUACAAGCAAUUAAAGAGGCAGUAGAGACCCACAUGGUUGUGCAAAAGAUCCCCGCGGCGGCGAUGGACAGGGUUAGCCUGCUGUGGCGUCUGAGGCGUCGUGCUCGCCGCGGAGCUGUUUGCCUCGCCUUCUUCUGCGUCUCCAUGGCUCUGCUCUAUGCCAUCUGUGCUGAAAACAGUGUUCCCGUAACUGAUGCCAUCUUCGGCGUGCGAGCACGAACCCGGGCUCAACCUCGUGCACACUCGGUCAUCAAGGUGCUUCGAGGUGGGGCUAAAUCCAUGUACAUCGACCCUCAGAAGCUCCCAGGGGUCAUUCCAGGUGACCCCCACCGACCGAUCCCUGUCCUCUCCUCACAGAACCACACCCUGGCGGACCUGGGCCCUCCUUCAAAGCAAAUGCGAGCGCGGGAGCCCUCUGGGUUUUUAGCUCACCUGCUGCCACGCCCCUUCAGACGAGCGCUAGAAAGCCUGUUCGGAGCCCAGCGGAAGGGGGAGCUGAGUGGCAGGAAGGACGUAGAGUUCUUUGGACCUCACGGGCUUUUGGGAGAAGUGUGGAAUGAAGACAUGUCCAGCAGCAUGCUGGGAAGCAGAAUGAAGAAGGUGGUGCAGAAUUACCAGGCGAUGAAUAAGUAUGGAGUAAAGGUGUCGGGACCUGGUGGCAUCUCUGGCAGGCCGAAGCUGAGCGGUCCCAAGCUUCUCUGCCAACUAAAGGAAAAGGUGGAAGUCACAACUUUGACCUCUGACCUCCAGCCCUUCUCAGUGUUGCCCUGGGCCAGUCAGCUUCCAUUAAAACAGCUGACCUCUGACCUCGGGCCGUACAGAAGCUGCGCCGUGGUCUCUUCAGCUGGGUCACUGCGCAACUCUGGACUGGGCAAAGAAAUCGAUUCCCAUGAUGCAGUGCUGCGAUUCAACGCCGCACUCACCAGCGGCUUUGAGAAAGACGUGGGCUCUAAAACCACCAUCCGCCUAGUCAACUCACAGGUGAUGGCGUCUGACGACAAUCACUUCUUGUCCAGUUCGCUGUACAGCUCAGGUGUCCUGGUGGCAUGGGACCCCGCCCCCUUUUCCUCUGACCUCACUCAGUGGUACAACCGGACUGAUUACCCCAUCUUCACCCAGUACCAGAGGUACAGGAGGCUUCAUCCGCAGCAGCCCUUCUACAUCCUGCAUCCUCGCUUCGAGUGGCAGGUCUGGCAGCGAAUACAAGACAACAUGGCUGAGCCCAUCCAGAAGAACCCACCCUCUUCAGGCUUCCUUGGCACCGUUUUGAUGAUGUCACUGUGCGAGGUGGUGCAUGUCUACGAGUUCCUGCCGUCCCGUAGAAAGACCGAGCUCUGCCACUACUACCAGCGUUUCUACGACGCCGCCUGCACGCUCGGCGCGUACCACCCGCUGCUGUACGAGAAGAACCUGGUGAAGCGCAUGAACCAGGGCUCCAACCGAGAAAUCUACAUCAGCGGGCGAGUCACGCUCCCUGGGUUCAGCACCAUCAACUGCACCGCCGAAGGAGUGCCACACCACUGAACACACACACACACACACACCGCACAAAGCCAAACUCUGCAUGAAGAGCAGGGACAGAUGCAUGAAACUCUCACAUUCACUGCCAAACCCAAAAUAGGAAUCUAUAAAUAUUGUCACACUGGU